AUGGAAUCGAUAGAACAGGCUUCAUCGCAUCCACCCAAACGAAAAUUAGGCACAAAUGACGACAGCGAACAUUUCUAUUCGUUCGAUAUCGAACACGAUCAGAGCACAAAAUCAUUCUGUUGCCGUUCACCACAAUCGAACAAUAAUCUAAACAAAAACAAUUACACAAAUUCAUUAAGUAAUUACCAACAGACGACGAAAAUUAUUCAAGAAUUCAAUAUUCAACAAUCGACAACAAGUGAUAUAACAGUUAGCUCAACAAUAAAUAUCAAGUCAACUCCGAAGCCGCAAUUAAAACUUUCCAACAAUGAUCUAUUGAGUGAAGCUGACUUCCAACGUGUUGUACAGGAUAUCACACCGGCUGAUCGCGAUUUAUUCGAUGAAUUUCUCAAUGGAAUCAAACAGAAAACGGAUGAUUAUUUAUUUUUAUCGACAUUUGAUGAUCUACCCUCUUCAUCUUCUACUUCAUCAAGUCAAGAACACGAUUCAAUUUCUAAACGACAUUCAUCAUUAUCUUUACCAUCGCAAACCUCGUCAACACUAGCAUCAGAUCGACGGCGAAAUUCAAUGCCGCGCGGUUCAAGUACAAUUCAUUACAGUCCACAUUCAAUGCCGAUUUCCAAUCGACCACCAACAAGUGCUGCUGCACAAACAUUGAAACAAAUGGCAGUUCAACAUCAACAAAGAAUCAUGUACAAUCAACAGCAAACAGCAACGACAACAUCCUCAUCCUCAUCGUAUUCUAAUUUUCCGUACAAUACUAACAAUAACACUGAUAAUUCAACGAGACAAUAUUACCAACAAUCACAGAUCUCUUCUGAAAGUGAUACUUCUACUGAUCCGAAUUCCUACUAUCAAACAAUGUGUUAUCCACCGACUCAUCCAGCUACCGUAUCAGGAUAUAAUCAUCAUCAAUCCCAACAACGCUCAAAUAUCUAUGGUAUUCAAAAUUAUUCUUAUCAAACAUCAUCAUCGUUCUAUCAACAACAACAACAGUCAGCACUAGCGCCGCCCUCACAAAUCUCUACAUCUUCUCAUCCUAUGACAAACUAUUCGCCAUCAAAUGGUCUGCCAACAGCCACGUCUACUCUUCCUUUUUACUCUCCGGAAGAUAAUCUUCCUAUUCUCGAUUUGUAA